AUGAGUGUAAUGGAUUCUCUGCAAGAUCACAUUGAAAUCAUACCAGAUGAGGUUACGUCCAACGAACUAAUAGAUCGUCUAGUAGCUCAAGGACCCCAAGAAGAGCCCCUCCACCUGAUUGAGCUGGACGCGGUGAUCAAACGGCACCAGGACUGGAUUCGUCAUCUACCAAGAGUUCGCCCGUUUUACGCCAUCAAAAGCAACAACGAGCCAGCUCUCGUGAAAACGAUUUCCCUGCUGGGAUGCGGAUUUGACUGUGCUUCCAUAGCUGAAAUCCAACGAGUUCAGCAACUCGGAGCAGAUCGCGAGCGUAUGAUCUUUGCUCAACCGAUGAAGACUGUCGGGUCGUUGAAGUUGGCACGAGAGCUAAACUGCCUAAAGUUGCGAACUGUUUUUGAUAGUGCAACUGAGUUGAGGAAGAUCCAGCUGUACUAUCCGGAAGCUGAAGUUUUGAUUCGCACGAGAUUUGACUCAAAAAAUGCUAAAGUCAAUCUAGGAACUAAAUUUGGAUGUGAUCCUGACAAGGAAGCUUACGACCUAUUAAAAUUGGCUAAAAAUCUCGAUAUCAACGUGAUCGGAUGGUGCUUUCACGUGGGUUCCGAUUGUUCCGAUGCGGAAGCUAUCAAAAAAGGUCGUGAAAAUACCGAUUUCGCCAGCAAAUUGGGAUUCAACUUUAGUUAUAUCGACAUAGGAGGUGGAUUCCUGGGUGAUAAACAAACUUCAAUCAAAACGUAUGCAGGCCACAUCAAUAGGGCGUUGGCAGAGUUCUUUCCGGAAGAUAUAACCAUAAUUGCCGAACCUGGUAGAUAUUACUGUGCAGCUGCAGUGACAUUAAUCGUUGCAGUUCACGGAAAACGCCUGCACCGAAACGAGGAAAAUCCAAAGAAAAUUGAUAAAAUUUCUUACUACUUCAACGACGGAAUUUUCGGAUCCUUCUACAAUGCCAAAUAUCGCAAUCAAACUCUAGAUCCAAAAAUUUGGAAAUGUGAUAACCCAAAUGAGCCAAAAUAUCCAACAACAUUAUUCGGACCAACGUGUGAUCCAGACGAUUGCUUUGCCAAGGGCAUUGUACUUCCAGAACUGGAAAUAUCGGACUUUGUGGUGUUCGAAAAUCAAGGAGCUUACACUAGCUCACAAGCCUGCCGAUUCAAUGGAUUUUGCUUGCCAAAAGCAGUUGUCUUUGUGAGGCGUAGUUAUUGGUAA